UCUAUUAUGCGCAUGCUCAGAGAUGCGGAAGCCGUGGGCAGGUUGUUAGUUCAAGUGAGAACAUAUGGCCUUGGCAUACUCCGUCCAUAAUGGCCCCAUCCUCAUCCUCUUCUUCAUGCCGUCGCUGCUGUCCUUGUUCACGGCUGUGCUCAAGAUCUUCAGCCUACACUUUGGUUCUGGGUCUGGGUUUUGUCACCUUGGGAACCAGUCGCAUCUUAUUACUAAAAUUCUCGGCCAAUGAAGCAAACAAAUAUGACUUUCUUCCUGCAUCUGUGAAUUUAAUGGCAGAGGCCAUCAAACUAGUAUUUUGUUUAGUGAUGUCAGUACGGGUGGUCAUUCGAGAGGGCCGGUCUUAUAAAGAUUUGGGGUGUUCAUCUGGUGCCUCUUUUCUCAGCUACCUGAAAUGGUCCGUUCCUGCAUUUCUCUACUUCCUUGAUAACCUCAUAAUCUUCUAUGUGAUGACCUAUCUGCAACCAGCUAUGGCAGUUAUGUUUUCCAACAUUGUAAUUUUUACAACAGCUAUUCUCUUCCGUGUUGUUCUAAAGAGGCGCCUGUCUUGGGUGCAGUGGGCAUCUUUGAUCGUGUUGUUCCUGUCCAUUGUGUCAUUGACCACUGGCAGUGGUGACCAGCAUGCCAUUGCUGUACAUGGCAUCCACCCAGCCCACAUUUCCACCCCUUCCAACAGCUGCCUAAAAUACGCCCAUCCCGAGCCAGAGCAUCAGAACUAUAAUGAAACAUACUGGAAACGUGAGCUGUGGGACAGCCAGGUCAUCCACAAGCUGAACAGCUUCGGCCUGGGUUACGUCCUGCUGCUGCUGCAGUGCUUCAUCUCUGCACUGGCCAACAUCUACAAUGAGAAGAUCCUCAAAGAGGGGGAGCAGCUAGUGGAGAGCAUCUUCAUCCAGAACAGCAAGCUGUAUUUGUUUGGUUUGAUCUUCAACAGCCUCACGUUGCUCCUGCACUCUGACUACCGUGAUGUGACACUACACUGCGGCCUCCUCUAUGGACACAACAUCUUCUCCAUCGCUCUGGUCUUCGUCACAGCUGCCCUAGGCCUGUCGGUGGCCUUCAUUCUCAAGUUCCGUGACAACAUGUUCCAUGUGCUUACAGGCCAGAUCACCACAGUCAUCAUCACUGCGCUCUCUCUCUUCCUGUUUGACUUUCAUCCAUCGAUGGAUUUCUUCCUGCAGGCGCCUGUAGUACUGCUAGCCAUCUUUAUCUACCACAGCAGCAAACUGAAGGAUCCAGAGUACGCACUACAACAAGAGAGGCUCCGGGUCAUCAAUGGCGAGGUGUUUGAGAGGUCAAGAGGGGAUGGGGAGGAGUUGGAGAGACUAACCAAGGCUAACACAGAGAGUGAAUCUGAAGAAGAAUCUUUCUGAGUCUGUUUUGAUCUCAUCUCUCUAAUUAUCAUGUAAAUAUUCUGGAAUCAGCCUGUAUAUGUAUUAUGU